ACAAAUGACCAGUCUUCUCGAGAACAGUGCCGCGCCCGCAUCGUAAUCGCCGCAGCUCGCAGAUAAUAAUCAUUUUUAGGCACAAUCUCGAUUUGUUGUUGAUUUACCUCCCGACCGUUGUUUGUUAAGAAUGAUAAAUACGAAGAUAAGAGACGACAAACUCCAGACGCUAGUGUCACGCAGCGCUGUGCCGAUCAUCGAUCUCGCCCAUUGUGGCAAGUCCCUAGUGAACCGUGUGGGCCAGCAACUGCACAAGGCUUUCACUGAAAAGGGAAUUGCUUUCCUUGUGAAUCAUGGGAUUUCCGAAGAGAAGAUAAAAAAUGUCUGGGAUCAAUUUGACAAUUUCUUGGAUCUCCCGGCUGAGGUUCAGGAUCGCUACCGACGAAAGGAUGGCGGAAAUUCAGGAUACGUUAGUCCCAGAGUAGAGCGGUUCGACAAAAAGACAACAGAACUUCGACAUGCCUUCAAUAUUUGCCAACUCGAUGAUAGAAAUAUUCCGAAGGAACCGCUUCCAGAUUUUGCAGAUGACAUUACCACACUAGCUAAUGACCUGAAAGCCAUGUCCACUUAUAUACUCAAGGCCAUGGAGGCGGCCUUGGAGAUUCCUGCCGCCUACUUUGUGGAUAAGCACUCCCAAAUGCUGACUGGGGAUGAUGUCAACAUGAGCACCCUGAGGAUGCUUUAUUAUCCGGCGAUCGUGGACGACGAGCCGGGUCAGAGCGAGGGCGCCAUUCGAUGCGGGGCCCAUGUGGACUAUGGCACCUUCACCCUUCUCGCCCAGGACUCGGAGGGUGGCUUGGAGGUGCAACUACCGGGCAGCGAGAAGUGGGAACGCGUGGGCCAUCUGCCAGGAGCCAUUCUCAUUAACGGCGGCGAGCUCCUGUCUAUUUGGACGAGGAAGCGCUAUCACGCCUUGCCACACCGCGUUGUUAUACCCGAACAGGAUCAUGUGCGCACUCGUGGCAGGCAUUCCAUCGCCUUUUUCUGUCAUCCCAACAACUCAACAAUGAUAGCUCCCAACGAUCUCUCCGAAGACGCGGAACAGACUGACGACAAAGUUUACAGCGCCUACGAGUUGAUACAGCAAAAGUUCAAUGACACCUACGGAGGCCGCUCGAAAUAAAUCAGUGAAUCUCGGACAUUAGCCGUUUACUGGAUCUCUUUAAUAAGAGUUUGAGAAAUUACGCCAGAGAGCUUUUAAUAAACUAGUAUAACAUAUAGCAUCUAGUAAA